AUGUCCUUGAGUCCAAAACAGUCUAGGUUCUCAGUCUCGGACCUUUUGGGUUCGGCUGAAGACGGCUACAGGAGGUUUGGGGGGGUGGACCUCGGAACCGCGCUGGGCGCCUACCGGCAGCAGCAGACAGGGAUCCAGAACCACCAGAACCAUCAGCAGCCUCAUCUCCACCACCUACCUUCAUCCUGUGCUUCUCUUGGACCCACCGGAACCGGCCACGCGGCCCAGUUUUUUGGAACCGUAGGGGGUUUCUGUAACGGCGGCACUGGAACCGAACUGCAGUCCCAUGAGCCCGGGGCCGGGUCGGCCUGGUACGGCGGUCCGGAGCCCAGAUUCUCUCAGAUCUGCAGGUUCGUGGGCGGUCCAGUCGAGAUGGUGGGUCUGGACUCCAGAACCAGAGCCGGGUCUGUGGUGACCGUGCACGCGGCCCUGCGUAGGAAGCGGCGUGUGCUGUUCUCUCAGAACCAGGUUCUGGAGCUGGAGCGGCGGUUCCGACAGCAGCGGUACCUGUCGGGUCCGGAGCGGGAGCAGCUGGCGGCUCGGAUCCACCUCACCCCGAACCAGGUCAAGAUCUGGUUCCAGAACCACCGCUACAAGCUGAAGCGGCAGGACAAGGCCGCUGGUUCUGGGUCCCCGCUCCGAACCAAGACCCACAGGGACUCCGUCCGGACCGGAACCAGGCAGAACGGGCCUACCGAGGCCGGAGUGGAACGCCCGCAGCUCCUGGACCGGAAUCAGCUGGAGGAUCUGAGUAGUCCCCUAUUGGGUCUACAGGCCCAGGUGGGCCUGGCCCAAUCGGAACCAGGACUCGUAGAGUACUGUAUGGGGUCCGGAGAGUCCGGGUUGCCGUACGGGAGGACUUGGUAG